CCGGUGUCGCUGCAGCCUGUAGGAGCGGUCGGUUCCUCCCAGCAGCCACACCGCUCACAGGGAAAGCUUUUCUUCUUUCAGCAGCAGCAGCGGGGUUUUCUGACUGCACGCACCGGAUAUUCAACACAUUAAAAAACACACUCACGACUGAAAGCGGCGAGAGAAGAAGGACACAGUCCUGGGUCGUGUAUCCCUCCCCAUCCCGCCUCUUUGAUUUCGGGCGUCGUUGCUUCUUUUUCAUUUUCAUUUUUUAUUUUUUGUAUUUUCCUGACAGUUUCUCUGUGGCGCACUCAGGUUUCUUUUGCUGACAUGGUAGAUUAUCACGCUGCCAAUAACCAAUACUCGGCUGGCGGUCCACCGACCUACAUGGAGCAGGAGAAUGACUGGGACCGGGACCUGCUGCUGGACCCGGCCUGGGAGAAACAGCAGAGGAAGACGUUCACAGCGUGGUGUAACUCCCACCUGCGGAAGGCCGGCACGCAGAUCGAAAACAUCGAGGAGGACUUCAGGGAUGGGCUCAAACUCAUGCUGCUGCUGGAAGUCAUCUCAGGCGAACGGUUACCCAAGCCUGAGCGAGGAAAAAUGAGGGUCCACAAGAUCAAUAACGUGAAUAAAGCUCUGGACUUCAUCGCCAGCAAGGGAGUCAAACUCGUCUCUAUUGGAGCAGAGGAAAUCGUGGACGGAAACGCCAAGAUGACCCUGGGAAUGAUCUGGACCAUCAUCCUCCGCUUCGCCAUCCAGGACAUCUCUGUAGAAGAGACCUCGGCUAAGGAGGGUCUUCUUUUGUGGUGCCAGAGGAAGACCGCUCCCUACAAGAAUGUCAAUGUGCAGAACUUCCACAUUAGCUGGAAGGACGGUCUCGCCUUCAACGCUCUGAUCCACAGACACAGACCUGAACUCAUCGAUUACGACAAGCUCAGAAAGGACGACGCAGUGACCAAUCUGAACAAUGCCUUCGAGGUGGCUGAGAAAUACCUGGACAUCCCCAAGAUGUUGGACGCAGAAGACAUUGUGAACACUGCUCGUCCAGAUGAGAAAGCCAUUAUGACUUAUGUGUCCAGUUUCUACCAUGCCUUCUCUGGAGCACAGAAGGCUGAGACAGCCGCCAAUCGUAUCUGCAAAGUGUUGGCUGUCAACCAGGAGAACGAGCACCUGAUGGAGGACUAUGAGAAACUGGCCAGUGAUCUGCUGGAGUGGAUCCGUCGGACAAUCCCCUGGCUGGAGAACCGAGCCCCAGAGAAAACCAUGGCCGAGAUGCAGCAGAAACUGGAGGACUUCAGAGACUACCGCCGUGUCCACAAACCACCCAAGGUCCAGGAGAAAUGUCAGCUGGAGAUUAACUUCAACACUCUGCAGACUAAACUGAGACUCAGCAACAGACCUGCCUUCAUGCCGUCAGAGGGACGCAUGGUGUCUGACAUCAACGGAGCGUGGCACACUCUGGAGGGAGCAGAAAAAGGCUACGAGGAGUGGCUUCUCAACGAGAUCAGACGUCUGGAGAGACUGGAUCACCUGGCCGAGAAGUUCCGCCAGAAGGCCGCCAUCCACGAAUCCUGGACCGACGGUAAGGAAGCCAUGUUGACCCAGAAAGACUACGAGACUGCCUCCCUGUCAGAAGUCAAGGCGUUGCUACGGAAACACGAGGCCUUUGAGAGCGACCUGGCAGCCCAUCAGGACAGAGUGGAGCAGAUUGCCGCCAUCGCACAAGAACUGAAUGAGUUGGACUACUACGACUCUCCCAGCGUCAACGCUCGCUGUCAGAAGAUCUGCGAUCAGUGGGACACCCUGGGAGCCCUCACCCAGAGCCGCAGGGAGUCACUGGAGAGGACAGAGAAGCAGCUGGAGUCGAUAGAUGAGCUCUACCUGGAGUACGCUAAGAGGGCGGCGCCCUUCAACAACUGGAUGGAGGGAGCUAUGGAGGACCUGCAGGACAUGUUCAUUGUCCACAACAUUGAGGAGAUCCAGGGUCUGAUCACAGCUCACGAGCAGUUCAAAUCAACCCUGCCAGACGCCAACAAGGAGCGGGAGGCCAUCCAGGCCAUCCAGGCCGAGGUGCAGAAGAUCGCCCAGUACAACGGCAUCAAGCUGAGCGGAACCAACCCCUACACCACCAUCACACCGCAGAGCAUCGACAACAAAUGGGAACAGGCGCAGCAGCUGGUGCCACAGCGUGACCAGGCCCUGCAGGAGGAGCUUUCCAAGCAGCAGUCCAACGACCAUCUGAGACGCAAGUUCGCCACUCAAGCUAACAUCGUCGGCCCCUGGAUACAGACCAAGAUGGAGGAAAUCGGCAGGAUAUCCAUCGAGAUGAACGGCACUCUGGAGGACCAGCUGACCAACCUGAGGGAGUACGAGCAGAGCAUCAUCGAGUACAAACCCAACAUCGACCAGCUGGAGGGAGACCACCAGCUCAUCCAGGAGGCCCUUAUCUUUGACAACAAAUACACCGCCUACACAAUGGAGCACCUCCGUGUGGGCUGGGAGCAGCUGCUGACCACCAUCGCCAGAACCAUCAACGAGAUCGAGAACCAGAUCCUGACGCGUGACGCCAAGGGCAUCAGCCAGGAGCAGCUCCACGAGUACCGCGCCUCCUUCAACCACUUUGACAAGACCUUAGGAGGGGGUGAGAGAGGAGCCAAACGUGACCACAGCGGUGCCCUGAUGGCCGAGGAGUUCAAGGCCUGUUUGAUCAGUCUGGGCUACGAUGUGGAGAACGACAAGCAGGGUGAUGCUGAGUUCGCUCGCAUCAUGGGCAUAGUCGACCCCAACAACAGCGGCGCAGUCACCUUCCAGGCCUUCAUCGACUUCAUGUCCAGGGAAACGACCGACACGGACACCGCGGACCAGGUCAUCGCCUCCUUCAAGAUCCUGGCCGGGGAUAAGAACUUCAUCACUGCUGAGGAGCUGAGGAGAGAACUACCCCCCGACCAGGCGGAGUACUGCAUCGCCCGAAUGGCGCCGUACACGGGGCCCGACGGCACCCCCGGAGCCCUCGACUACAUGUCCUUCUCCACUGCCCUGUACGGAGAGAGCGACCUGUAGAGGGAGCUGAGAGGAAGAGGAGGGUUGGACAGAUGAGGAAGUGAGGGAGAGGAGGAAGAGGGGGGAGGGAGGUAGAGAGGUCUCCUGCGCUUUUGCAUAGCGGCAGGAGGCGAGCAUUUGGAAGAAUUUGAGUGGUGGUUGUGAGGUGCCCCUGCGUGUGCCGGUUUAGAAAUCAUCAUCAGAAAAAAAAAUUUUAAGACUCUUUGAGCUUGUUGAUUGAACUGUAGUUAGAUUUGGCCUGUGCUGAAUGUUUUCCAGUUCCUUUAUCACUUUAAAAAUCGAGAGUAAUCAAGGUUAAUUUGUCGUAAAGGUAUAUAAGAAGAACGGGCAUAUCCAGGGGCAGCUGUGAGACAGGAAACAGUUGCUCUGUAGUGCGGGUCUUUAACUUCACCCUCUCUGCCUUUGGGGGGUCAAACAGGGGAGGGACAAGGA